AUGCGGGAAGGAAGAGACUGCGCCCUGCGCGCUACUGCGCAGCCGCAGCACGGGAACACCCGAGAGGGGCCGAGGGGGGCCGAGGGGGGCGGAGGGGGGCGGAGAGGACCGGAGUGGGGCCCGAGGGCAGAGGAGAGGACCCGAGGGGGGCGGAGAGGACCCGAGAGGACCCGAGAGGACCCGAGGGGGCAGGAGAGGGGCCGAGGGGGGCGGAGAGGACCCGAGGGGGCCGAGGCGGAGAGAGGGGCCGAGGGGCGGAGAGGAGCCAGUAGGGCCGAGGGAGACGAGGCCGAGGGGGCGGAGAGGACCCGAGAGGGCGGAGAGGACCCGAGAGGACCGAGAGGACCCGAGAGAGCCGAGGGGGCGGAGAGGGGGCGAGGGGCGGAGAGGGACCGAGGGGCGGAGAGGACCAGGGAGGACCCGAGGAGGCGGGGGGCGGAGAGGGCCCGGGGACCCGGGGAGCCGAGGGGGCGGAGAGGGCCGAGGCGGAGAGGGGCCGAGGGGGCGGAGAGGACCCGAGAGGACCCGAGGAGGCCGAGGGGCGGAGAGGGGCCGAGGGACCCGAGGGGGCCGAGGCGGAGGACCAGAGGACCGGGAGGACCCGAGGGGCGGAGAGGGCAGGAGGACCCGAGACCCGAGAGGGCGAGAGGACCCGAGGCAGAAGAGAGUACCCGAGGGGCGGAGAGGGCGAGGACCGGAGAGGACCCGAGGGGGCAGAGAGUACCCGAGGCGGAGGGGGCCGAGGGGAGCGGAGAGGGGCAGAGAGGACCCGAGGGGGCCGAGAGGGCAGAGAGGACCCGAGGGGCAGAGAGACCCGAGCGGAGAGGGGCCGAGGGGACCGAGAGGCCCGAGGGGGCGAGAGGGGCCGAGGGAGACGAGAGAGACCGAGGCGGGGGAAGGGCCGAGAGACCCGAGGGGCGAGGCGGAGAGGCAGAGAGGACCCGAGGGGGGCCGAGAGGACCAGAGAGGACACGAGGGGACCCGAGGGGGCCGAGAGGACCCGAGGGGGCGAGAGGACCAGAGAGGACACGAGGGGACCCGAGGGGGCGAGGACCAGAGAGGACACGAGGGGGGCCGAGAGGACCCGAGGGGACCCGAGGGGGCGAGGGGCUGAGAGGACGAGGGGCCAGGGGCAGAGAGUACCCGAGGGGGGAGGAGAGGGGCCGAGGGGACCCGAGAGGACCCGAGAGGACCCGAGGGGGGCAGAGAGUACCCGAGGGGGCGGAGGGGGCCGAGAGGACCCGAGAGGACCCGAGGGGGGCCCGAGAGGGGCAGAGAGUACCCGAGGGGCGGAGAGGGCAGAGAGGACCCGAGGCCGAGAGGACCAGAGAGGACACGAGGGGACCGAGGGGCCGAGAGGACCCGAGGGGGGCGAGAGGACCAGAGAGGACACGAGGGGACCCGAGGGGGCCGAGAGGGACCGGGGACCCGAGGGGGCCGAGAGGACCAGAGAGGACACGAGGGGCCGAGAGGACCCGAGGGGACCGAGGGACCAGGGACGAGGGGGCCGAGGGACCAGAGAGGACCCGAGGGGACCCGAGGGGGCCGAGGGGGCCGAGGGACCCGAGGGGGCCGAGAGGACCAGAGAGGACACGAGGGGAGAGGACCCGAGGGGGGCCGAGGGACCAGAGAGGACCCGAGGGGGCGAGGACCAGAGAGCACGAGGGGCCGAGAGGGCCGAGUUUAAAGCUGAAGCAGGAGAUUUAUUUACAGUAG